AUAAAGUUUUCUGCAUUACUAACAGCUGAAAUUUCUAUAUACCAGAAGCCCAACCGGAGGCCUAUUGAAAAAAUAUAGAAGCCCAACGUGCCCCGGCCCUCAGACGCUCUAGGAGGAAGCGUUGUCCAAAGUCCCACGCCCAACUGAUAUGUGCUCUCUUCUCCAGCCGAUCAGCUGAAGCAAAAUCGCUUUGCCUCUUUGAAACUAAAAACCAAUUGAAGCAGAUUUUGUCAUGAUAAUUUGCAUUCUCUGUACGAUGGUCUGAUGACAAAGUUCCUUCAUUUUGUUUCUUCUGCAUGGAGAGGAGCUGCUGUCUUGUUGAACAAGGAUUCUCAAAAGUUCUCAUAAUGGGUUUCACCAGCAAAGAUGAACAGGUGUGCGGUCUCUUCCUUGAGCCACUGUUUCCAGCUCUUAUCUCAUUCUUACCUCCGAACUUUUGCCCCAAAUUCUCAUCCAUUUUUCUUCAAAAAAUAUUUGGGCCAAAUACUGUACUUCUCGCACUCCACCAACACCAGACCAUUUCCUGAUUAUUCCCCAAAGAAACCUACCAUCAAGGACUCAGAACUUGUGCAUCAAAUCUCAACUGCAAUAAAGUUAUGCCGUUCUGAGCCACUCUAUCGUGUUUUAAAGCCUUAUGAGUCCAAAUUUAGAUCCGAUCAUUUAAUUUGGGUUCUGAUGAACAUUAAGGGUGAUUAUGGACUUGUUUUGGAUUUCUUUGAGUGGGCAUGCCUGCGUAGAGAGCCAACACUUGAAGCCUGCUGCAUUAUUGUCCAAAUUGCUGUUGCUUCAAAAGAUUUAAAAAUGGCUCAUCAGCUUAUUCAUGACUUUUGGUCAAAAUCUGAUUUGGAUAUUGGUCUAUCAUUCAAUCAUUUCAUUGAGCGGUUAAUUUACACUUACAAGGAUUGGGGUUUGGAUCCCAAUGUGUUUGAUAUUUUCUUUCAAGUCCUUGUUGAAGCUGGGAUGCUUGAUGAAGGAAGGCAGCUCUUCGACAAAAUGUUGAACUAUGGGUUGGUUAUCUCUGUUGAUUCUUGUAACGUAUAUCUUAACAAAUUAAAAGGCCAUUUUAAUGGGCUUUGGAGGGCAAUAAAGGUUUUCAUUGAACUUCCUGAAGUGGGUGUUUGUUGGAAUACUGCAUCAUACAACAUUAUAAUUCAUUCUCUUUGUCAAUUUGGGAAAAUAAAAGAAGCCCACCGUUUGCUCUUGCAAAUGGUGUUGAGGGGCUGCAUUCCAGAUGUUGUAAGCUAUAGCACCAUAAUCAAUGGAUAUUGUCAUGCCGGUAAACUGCAAAAGGUGUUAAGGCUCAUUGAGGAAAUGCAAACAAAAGACUUAAAGCCUAACCCUUACACGUAUAACAGCAUAAUUUAUCUGCUAUGUGAGACUGGUAAGGUAGCUGAAGCAGAUAAGGUUUUCAGAGAGAUGAUGAACCAGGGAAUAGUUCCUGAUAGUGUGGUAUACACAACUCUUAUAUAUGGUUUCUGUAAAUUAGGAAAUAUUCAUUCUGCCAAUAGGUUGUUAAAUGAGAUGAAGGGUCGAAAAAUAACCCCUGAUUUAUUAACUCAUACAUCUAUAAUCUGUGGCUUCUGUAGAACUGGAAAGAUGACAGAAGCCUGUAAUGUCUUUCAAGAUAUGCUGGGCAAAGGGUUGGAACCGGAUGAAGUUACAUAUACAGCACUUAUUGAUGGUUAUUGCAAAGCAGGAGAAAUGAAAGAGGCCUUCUCCCUCCAUAAUCAAAUGGUUCAGAUGGGGCUUAUACCAAAUGUUGUCACUUACACUGCAUUGGCUGAUGGACUUUGUAAAUGUGGGGAGGUAGAUACAGCAAAUGAGCUUCUUCAUGAAAUGUGUGGAAGGGGCCUUCAGCCAAAUAUCUUUACUUACAACUCUCUUGUUAAUGGGCUCUGUAAAGCAGGAAAUAUUGCACAAGCUAUUAAACUGAUGAAAGAAAUGGAGAUUGCAGGGCUCCUUCCUGAUGCUUUUACAUAUACCACUCUAAUGGAUGCUUACUGUAAGACAGGGGAGAUGGAUAAAGCUCAUGAGCUUCUGAAGAAGAUGCUAGAUAGAGGACUUCAACCUACUCUUGUUACGUUCAAUGUGCUGAUGAAUGGGUUUUGUUUGUCUGGAAUGCUCGAAGAUGGUGAGAGGUUACUACAAUGGAUGCUGGAAAAGGGUAUAAUACCUAACGCAACCACUUAUAAUUCUCUUAUGAAGCAGUACUGCAUUAGAAAGAAUAUGCGUGCCACUACUGCAAUGUAUAAAGGUAUGUCUGCUCAAGGAGUGAUGCCGGAUGAAAACACCUAUAACAUUUUGAUAAAAGGGCAUUGUAAAGCGAGGAAUAUGAAAGAGGCAUGGUUUCUACACAGAGAAAUGAGUGAGAAGGGAUUUAAUCUUACAGCUAGUUCAUAUAAUGUUCUGAUUAAGGGUUUUCUUAAGAGGAAAAAGUUUUCCGAGGCAAGAGAAAUUUUUGAUGAGAUGAGAAAAAAAGGGUUGGCAGCAGAUAAAGAGAUAUACAGUUAUUUUGUUGAUAUUAAUUAUGAGGAAGGGAACAUGGAAACCACACUUGAACUUUGUGAUGAAGUGAUAGAGAACUUUCUUGUAACCAAGUUGAAUAAUGAAAACAAGUAGCUGGAUUUUGUUUGUGCUGGGACAAUGAUUGGAUGAAAUUGCCAACAUUUUUCCUUUUCCUCUUUUUACUAUUUGGAUGAAUUUUUUCUCUCAAAAAGACGAGACGAAUAUCAUGUACAAAGAAAACUCUCUUUUGCGAAUUGAAGUUUGCAAUCAUAUCCAACGCAUGUGAGACACAUACGGGCUGUGCUUAUUGAGAAGGGAAGUGACGUUACCAAGUUGCUAGUAAUAUGCAUAAAUGUAGAGACUAGUAAUCAUCAGCAACUGGCUUUUCAGCCUCCAAUUUUUGAGCAAACGGACUUGUGAAAUCUUAUAAUGGCGGAAGACAACGCGUUCUGGAG